AUGCAGGCUGCUGAGCUGGAUCCCCUUGAAAGCAGAGGCUUCCCCUUCCAGGCUGCGGUGGGCGCCAACUUCUCCUGGGACAACGGCACCGGGCACAAUGUCACCCUCCCCGAGCCGCUGCCACCCUUCUACGUGCUCCUGCCAACGGUGUACUCUGUGAUCUGUGCCAUGGGGCUGGCAGGUAACACAGCUAUCAUCUACGUGAUUCGGAGGGUGCCCAAGAUGAAAACGGUGAGCAACGUGUUCACCUUGAACCUGGCCAUCACCGAUGGCCUCUUCGCACUGGUGCUGCCUGUCAGCAUCACGGAGCACCUCCUGCAGCGCUGGCCCUUCGGGGAGCCGCUCUGCAAACUGGUGCUGGCCAUCGACCACUACAACAUCUUCUCCAGCAUCUACUUCCCGGCCACCAUGAGUGUGGAUCGCUACCUGGUGGUGCUGGCCACCACACAGUGCCGCCGGGUGCCCCAGCGCACCCUCCGCGGAGCGAAGAUCACCAGCCUCUGUGUCUGGAUCGGUGGCACCAUCAUGGUCCUGCCCUUCCCCUUUGCUGGCGUCUACAGCAAUCAGCUGCAGGUCACGAGUUGCGCGCUGAUUUUCCCGUGGCCUGAGAGGGCCUGCUUCAAGGCCAGCCGCAUCUACAUGCUAGUCCUGGGCUUUGUGGUGCCCAUGUGUACCCUCUGCGUGCUCUACGUGGACCUGUUGCGUCAGCUGCGGGCCCUGCGGCUCCACUCCAGAACCAAAGCUCUGGGCAAAGCCAAGCGAAAGGUGACCACCCUGGUCCUGGCUGUGCUGGCCGUGGGCCUGCUCUGCCGGACGCCCUUCCACCUGGCCUCCGUCGUGGCCCUGACCACAGACGUGCCCCAGACGUCAUUGGUCAGCGGCAUGUCCUACGUCGUCACCAGCCUCAGCUAUGCCAGCUCCUGUCUCAACCCUUUCCUCUACGCCUUCCUGGAUGAGAACUUCCAAAACAGCUUCCGCAGCACGUUCCGGUGCUCAGGGGCCUCAGCGCCCUCCGCAGAGCCCCCGUGUGUCUGCUAG